UGACGCCGUCAACACAACACCUGCUGGCCGUCAUGCGUCGUCCCACUCAAACACGUCCACUUCUUGUGGGCAGCCGGGGCACAUCCGAUCCCACGAUCGUCGUCGCCCCUAAAUCAACACAACAACAACACGUCCACUUCCCUCAUCACCCUUGCAUCAACUGGCAACAACAGCAUAGUAUAUAAACAUACACAGGCUUCUUGUCCCCGAACAACGGGAAUUAUUAAAAUAGUUAACCCUUGUCAAAUUCUAAAUACUGACCCGUCUCACACCACCGCCACUCGAGCAGCCAUUGGCAGGGCAUUGGCAACAUUCAUGGAAACUACGCCUACCGUAAAGAAGAAGAAAGAGAAAGAGGAAGGAGGAGGAAGAAGAAGGAGGAGGAAUAGGAGGCAACAGGGAACAGUGUGUCUACUUCAACUGGGUAAAGUAAUGGACGGAGCACAGAUGAACAGCCUAAUUGAAAGAAAUGUUAACUUUAAUACUGUAAAAGAUGGAAUACAGUGGUUUAAUUUGCAGACUACAGUUAAAAUCCAGGAUGAAGAAAACAACAUACAAGUCCUGUCUGUUGGAAGUCCAAACGAAAGGCCAACAAAAUGCAUUUUACUACUGGGAGAAACAGGAGCUGGGAAAACCACUAUAGUUAAUGCAAUGGUCAACUUUGUGUUUGGUGUUAAGUUUGAAGACAAUUUUCGUUUGCAAAUAAAGGAUCAGAGGAUUAGUAGUGAUAGGAAGGACACAGAAAGUCAAACAGAUUUUAUCACUGUAUAUCUAUUCUAUCAUCAAGAAGGAAUGACAUGCAAUUUCAAUUUAGCAGUAAUAGACACUCCAGGAUUGGCUGAUACUAGAGGUUUACAACAUCAGGAUAAUGUUAUGAGUCAAUUAGAAAUAUUUUUGACAUCAGACUUUGGAAUAGAUGAUUUAAGCUGCAUUGGACUAGUCGCCAAAGCAAAUACUAAUCGAGAUUUCACAUUUCAAAAGGACAUAUUAAGAGAGAUUGUUUCACUGCUUGGAGAUAAUGUGCCAGAGAUUACACAGCUUUUUGCUACUUUUGCAGUUGAGAAACCCAUGGUUGACCAGAUUGUCAGAAAUGCAGGAGUGAAAUUCAAUGAUAUGUUUGAAUUUGAUAAUGGGGUACUCUGUACUCCUCACAAUAUUAGUUCUAGCCCAUGUAAGAGAGGUAAAGAUAUGCUUUUAUUUAGGUGGGAAAUUAUGAUUGAACAAUAUGAAAGAUUCUUUGCUGCCUUUACAAAUGCUCCCACUGUAAGUGUAAAGCUUUUGCGUGAGAGGAAGCUCUUGGAUAAAUCAUUGAAAAUAUUGAAAGGGAAGGUUGAGGAGUUGGGUAAAUUACUUACUGCAUUGGAGUUAAAUAAGAAAAUACUGAGUAAAUAUGAAUUACAAGAAGCAAAGAACAAAAGUUGGAGGCAUGAAAGGACUAUAAGAAAAAAAGAUAGACUGGGAAUAGAGGAUGGUUUUCAUGCACAUAAUUGCCCUGUGUGUAACCAGACCUGUAUAUUUCCCUGCCCACCAGAGAAGGGCAACAAUAAUGCUGGUUUUAUUGGAGGAAUAGCAGGUGUUCUAGGUGGAUCAGCUGCUGGAGCUGCUGCUGCUCAAGCUACUUUGAAUAAUGUAGUUGCUGCAACUAGAGCUGCUACUAGUUCUGGGAUUGCUGCAUCAAUUGGAGGUUGGGUGACGAGAGUUUUAGGUGGAUCAGUUGCAGUAAGUGAAGUUGGUGGUGCAGCUGCUGCUGCUGCUGCUGGUGUUCCUGGUAUUAUUGUUGGUGGUGUUGUUGGUAUUACCAUUGGUGUUGUAACUGGAACUUGUUGUGGCAAAUUUCUCACACAGAAUUCUUGCCUUGUUCCUGGAAGAGGGGAUGUAUGUGGUGAACAUGGAUGCUUACAUUCUUUGUCUCAACACCUUAGAGAAGAGGAAAGGAUUAUAGAAUAUAAUGAAUUAGAAGUGAAAGUAAAUGAAGAUAUCAAGGAACUUUUUGAUGUAGCAGUAUCCAAAAGAAAAGAUGCAAUGGCAAAAAUUACAAAUGGUAAACAGAAAAUACAUUUAUAUAAAAAAGAUAUUGUUCAAAACACGCUGCAGUUGCUUUUUCAUGCAAAGAAAAUACAGGAGAUGUCCUCAACUAUAGAUACACAAGGUCUCCUUGAUAAGUUAAUUGCUGAAGUGCGAUUGGGUGAGCCAGACCACAUUCACUAUGCAGUAGAGAUUUUACAAAUACUUAAAAAGGCUAUAAAAAGGCUUUCAAAUUACAACAUUGAUCAAACCAAUGACAAUUUUAACAUGAUGAUGAAACUUCUGGAGAGACUUCCUGACACACAUCAAUAAAUAUUGUACCAGUUAAAGCUUAUACAGUAAAUUUUAAUUCCAUCCAAGUAUAAUUUAACUAUUUUUAUUCUAUAGUACUAAAUCGGUCUACCAAUUGCAAAUGAGUUGAGAUGCACAAGUUAAUAAUCGUGUAAUGUUGAAAUAUAUAAAUUUUGAAGGAAGUUCUUCCCAUUUGUAAUUAUCCUAUUUUGCAUGAUGCAGUUUUAAUUCAGACUUGAGAAAUCAUCCAUUGAAUAAUCUGUGCAACUUCAACAAAAGAAUGUCUUAACUGUUUUACUGGCAGGUAUUGCUGAACUGGGAAUCACUUCUAUAUAGCAAAAUAUCACAAAGAUGUGGUUUUGAUCUCUACUCAAGGUGUUUUCACUCAUUACUGUGAGCAGUUGAGUUGAAAAUUUCUAUACAUUAUUGCCUAUAUUAAUUUCAAAAUAGGAGUCGGUUCACCCUGUAAAAAUCACACUUAAGAGAGCCAUGAUUUUAUGGCUUUGUAAAGGAAAGUUGGUAGAGGUGAUAUAUCCUGGGAAGUAGGAUGCUGCUGAACACUGCUUGUGCUGAAUAGUCAGUUAUUGACAUUUUAGGAAUGUUCAUAUCAAUUGUGGAGGAUCUUUAAAUUAAGCUUUGAUAAUUUAAAACUAAUGUAAUUUGUACACUGUAGAUCAUAUUAUAGUUUUUAAUGAUUCAUAGCAGUUGCUUGUCCUGAAAGUACAGUACUUUUUUUUUAACUUGUACUAUUAAUGAUUUUAUACAAUGAUUUUAUUGUAUUUCAACAAUAAUAAUUGAAAAAACUAUUAUUUUAUAUAAUGGAGUGUCCUUCCUAUAUAAUUAUAAUAAUUAGUAAUUACCAAGGUGUAGUUACAGGAUGAGAGCUAUGCUCUUGGUGUCCUGUUUUCUUAGAACUUUUUGGCAAUACUGUACUAUAUAAUGCUUUAAACUACUGAUGGUUUUGGCUUCCCCAUCUUUGUAUUUUACUUCUUCCAACUGUUUACCACUCAUUUGCAAAAAGAAAAUUUACAAGAAUAAGUUACUUUGAAAACUGCUACAAUUAAAAACAUUGGAGCCUGGUGUGGUACCUAUGGCCUGUAAGCUUCCAGGUGGGAUGCUGCUCAGAGGGUUCUCACGGAAAAAAAGCAUAUUUUAAAAUAUACGUUUUCUGUUGGGUGGGGGGCCCCCUUCGGCUCCCCGGAGCUAUCCGGCUGAUAUGGAAGUAUUAGCCUUGGGCAUCAGUCAAUGUACGUGGAGUUCUAGGUCUACCGGGAACCACGAGCCAGAAUCUGGCCCCCCUCAGAGAGGCGCAAGGAGCAAUGGGCUAUAGAGACUCCUGAAAUAUGGUUUAGAAGUACACUGUCUGCCAUUGACCGGGUUGGGCACCCAGAAUGAUAGGCGCCCCAAAACACCCUUUCCCCCCAUUCUACUGAAGAAUUGCUACUAAAACGCUGAACGAGUGGACAGAACUUUCCAUAAAGAAAAACAAGCAAACGAGCAUGACAUCAUCAUGUUACAAAUGCACCGCCAUCUGUGCAUCCCCCCUCUCCUUGUCGGCUACAUGAGCCUGCUAGUUCUUGUCUGAUGUCUGUGGGCUUCGGUCGUGUACCUCCAGCUCCGGAUUUUCUUCUCUGUUCUUGCUUCAGUAGUGUGCGAGCUGGGAGUAUAUUCACAAGUACUGGGGCUGCAUGCGCUUAAGGUCCCCCUUCCUAAGCGCCCUAUAAGUACUGCCCUUGGGGCUUGGGGCCUCCUUCCACAAGUUACCUUGGGCUACCUCCGCUGUAUCAAUUACUGCUUGGUACUUGUCCGCCCUUGGAGUCAACUGGGGUGUUCUUGCUCCUCUACUUGCCUCUGGGCAGGGGGUAGUAUUCAUCACUGGCAGGGGCACAAGGUAUUUACGCAGCUAGUUGUCACCUCUCACAUAGCAGCCAGCUCUGCAUUCACUGGGUACACUGUCCUCUUGUGGGGUGUAUUGUUUCUUUUUGUUCCUUGCCUUGGUGGGGGGGGGGGGAUGUCUGCCCUUGGGUUUGGGUCACACCAAACCCAAGGGCAGGGAAACCCAAAUCCAAGGGAAAAUUUGGGUAUGUAUGUAUGUCGUUAAAUAUGAUCAAAAAAGCGAGAUUAAUAAUUCUAACACAAAUUUUCUCGAUAUUUCUUGUUACUUUUUACUGUCAUGGUAAUUGAAAAAUCAAUUCUCCAAAAUUCAUUUUUAUUUCUAGUCUGACGCGACGCUUGAACGCGUUUCGUAAUAACUUAUUACAUUUUCAAAGACUUUAGUUUACACACACAACUGUAACCUGGAAAAACUAAAGAGAGUUUUACUUAUACUAACACUAAACAGCUUAUCCGUCUUACAUAUACUCGCACUUGGGUGAGGUGAUAUGGUGCAACAGUUUUGGAUAAGGUGAGCAAAUUUGUGACAAAUGGAAGACAGAACUUUCAGUUAGGGUUGUCUUGUCCUUUCAGGACCAUCAUCUCAUGCCUAACACUGUUGCCUUGUAUUGUGCGGCAUUGGCGGAGCUGCUGCUGGCAGGGGGUUGCACAGAUGGUGGCGUGUUGGUAACGAGAUGAAAUUUUGCCCGUUUUUCUUUAUGGAGAGUUCUAUCCACUCGUUCGGCGUUUUAGGAGCAAUUCUUCACCAAAAUGGGAAGGGGGGGAUUUUGGUGCGCUUAUCUUUCUGGGUGCCCGACCCGGUCGAUGGCAGACAUAAGAGUACUUCUAAACUAUAUAUCAGGUGUGUCUAUAGGCCAUUGCUCCUUGUGCCUCUCUGAGGGGGCCAGGUUCUGGCUCGUGGUCCCUGGUAGACCUAGAACUCCAUGUACAUUGACUGAUGGAUAGCUCCAGGGAGCCUCUGGGUCUCUCCCAGAAAAUUGUGUUUCAUUACAUUCAACGCUGGUUUUUUGACUGCAUAUAUUUUGUUGGUUGAACAACUGUGAUAUUUUAUUCUGUGUGUCCACAUGAGAGUAAAGUCUAGGAAUAAAUGACAAACUCCAUUUCCAAAUUUAUUUGUACAGUAUAUUUGAAUACAAAACUUGUUCAUACAAACAUUUACAAAAAUAUGAAGUACUUACUUCAUAUGAAGAACACGAUACAGUGUACACCUGAUUAUCUGCAUUAAUAGAUACUUCUGGGUGUCUAGAAACAAACUUUGGAAAUUUGAAGAAAAUAUCUAGUUAGAGAAACUUGACUGGCUCAUGUUCAGUAAACUGAGAUAGUAAAAAUAGAGUUCCCAUCUCAAUUUACCCAAGAAUUUGUAAAACUGAGGUAUGGAUAAUUUAGGUUUUAGUAUCACAUGUUUGCUUAUGCAAUGUUGUUUACAUCUUAAAAAUUAAACAAACUGCAUGUUGUAACCACAGUAAUUAGGUUACUGUAUUUUUAUUCAAAUAAGAGAUUACCUUAACUAAAACGUCUUGUACAAUUUUCUGUUAGCUUUUACAAUAUUAAUGUGCACAUACUGAUGGGUAAUUUAUUCACAAUAGAAUUUUGUAUAAACUUUAUUAUUAAAAUUUCAAUUAAAAAGAAAUUCACUACAUUUUGUUUCAGGAUUUAUUGUGGACAAUUCUCUUAAACAUCUGUUUCUCAUGUACUUGUGUAAAGAUGAGAGGGUGGGUGACAAGAUCAAAUUUCUUAAUCGACUAAUGCUGUUGGCUGCGAGAGCAUGACCUUGAAGUGCUUGAAAUUUUCAGCUAAUUUCUAUUCAAUUUCUCCUAUGAAAAUUUGCUUAUCAUUCGACACAGACAUAACUGAAAGAUAAAAAUGUAUUAUUAAAUAAUUAAUAAAAUCAAUUUUGAUGCACUUGAAAGUAGAAUAAUAAUAAAAAUUAAGUUUGAACUUAUAUAUAUACAUAUACACAGUAUAUUAAUUUAUAUUAAUGCUUCUUUCUGGGUUGUAACUUGGUUAAGCAGAAACUAAGUCAUUAGUCAGGUGUCUUACUCUUAUUGGGUACCUUGAUAUGUUGACUAAGGUUCUCGUUGCCACGUUCAAUAGUUUAGGUCUCUCUGAAUGACCUGGGUGGCUAUCUGGUGGCACAUAAGUGUAACUAUGGGGACAUCUAUCCAAAUAUAAACAAAAAAUAAUUUGAUGGGAAAAUGAGAUUCCAAUAUUCUGGUUCCUGUUACAGCUGGUUCCAAUUUAUUGAUUACCUUCUAACUUAGCUAACCUACUGCUGGGGAUGUGUACUCCAACAAGUCAAAGUUUCAGCCAAAUAUCAAUUGAAAAACAAAAAUGACAAAAAUCAGCACUGAAUGUAAUGCCAAUUUUUUGCUGAGCUCUGUUGGCUCUGAAAAUAUCAUAUACAGUACAGCUAUGGUACCAUCUACUAGGGUGCAUCAGCUGCAUAGUUCUACACGCCUAUCGGACCAGAACCUGGACACAGAGGCACAGACAGCAGUCACACUUAUUUAUGUAUGUAUGCUACCACCAGGGAAGGCAUCCAAAAAGUCAGGGAGUCAAAGUAAACCACUGCAAUCCUGAGCAGUUGCUCGUUUUAAGAACACUGUACCUUUCUAGUAGUUUUUCUCAGUUCUAUAAUGAUCUCUGAUCACCAUAGAACCAUACUGACCCCAGGUACCCCUAAGCCUCUUUGAAGAUGGGGAGGGGGUCAUAUUGUGGUCUUGGUCUUUGGUAGGCAUUUAUAAAUUGUUAAGAGGUUUGGUAUAUUUUCCAGGGUUUCGAGCUACAGAGGGACCCAAACCAGAAAGGGGCGAACAAUUACCACAUACAGAAUUACGAUGCAAAUCAACCAAAUUAAUAAGGAAUUUUUUUAGCCCGCAAUAUCAAGAACAAGAGAAAGUUGUUGAAAUGCGUUCUAAAAUUAUCUGUUGUAAACUGAGUGGAAGAUGGAAAGAAUAAAUUAAAUGAGUAAAUGCCUUCUUCAUUGGAAGCUUCAAAAUACAGUACUGACAUAUUGAAAGGAAGUCUGGACACCUGUUGCUACAGAAAAACAUACUUUACUGCUAUAUAUAUAUUAUUCACAUAAUUGUAACUUAUUUAUUCAAUACACAUCGAUAUAAUGCUGUAUUGUUUAACAUGUUUCAUGUAGAAAAAACUUAUGUUUCUGUGCCCAACUUUAAAAUUAUUAUGUUUAUAGCUGGCCCAAUUAAUCAAGACCUAUCUGUAUUAUAAACUGAAUAGAAAUAAAAAUUGCUUAACACAA